CUUUCGUCUCCAGUGUGUACAGUCGCUAGGGUUAGAGCAGCACUUCAAUACUAAGCUUUAAAAUACAGACACGUCAAUGCCAAAAAACUGGAAACAUUUGGUGGUUUGAGUCUAUGUUUAAUAAGGCAAGAUGAUGAACGAACUGGUCCUUCAUGAAGCAGCUUCGACAGGAGCCUACCAAGAUCUUCAGACAAUGCUCAUGUUGGGUCAUAUUGAUCCAAAUUACAUGGAUGAAGAUUUUGGAGACAGGACAGCUCUGCAUUGGGCUUGCACCAAAGGCCACGCCAAAUGCGUCAAGCUUCUUCUGGAGUACGGUGCUGACCCGGCAGCGAGGAUGGUUGGAGGAUGGACCCCAGCACACUGCGCGGCAGAGACUGGCAAGUACACUGUCCUCAAGAUACUAGUAGACCACAAUGCACCUGUGACACUUCCUGAUGACUAUGGUGAUACCCCAAGAAGAGUGACAGAAAUCUAUGGACACACGCAGUGUGUGGAGCUUCUAAAAAGUGCUGAAGAAACCUGCGAACAAAAGAAACACGAAGUUAAGGAGAAAUUCAGAAGCCAGACGCGUAAAAUAUCGAGAAUGUUGGGCGAAAAGAAACAAGAAGAAGAACAAACAGAUAAAACAACUAAGGGGAAUCAGUAACAGCAGUGAGGCUUGAGCUGACGAAUUCUCGUAUCAGAAGCCAUCACUUGCAACACCCUUUGGCUAAGAACGCAGACGAAAACUGUAGUGAAAUUUCGCACGAGUUUCCCAAUGCAGUGCUCGUUCUGGGCCCUUUUAGAAAUGCGUCUGAUGUUCAUGUAUUUUAUCUCAGCGAUUUUUUCAUCACGCCAGGCCUCUCUAUAGCGCAAAUUAAAACUGUAGUGCAAUUUCGCACGGGUUACCCAAUUUGGCACUUGUCCUGGGGCUUCUAAAAAUGCGUGUGCUUUGCGCGCAUCUUUCUCAAAAACAGUAAAGCAAGCUGUAGACGUGUGUUCACCAAAGCGUACUGUCUAGUGCACCGCUAUUUCUUUACGUUGAAAAAUGCGUGGGAAAUAGCUAUUGAUUGAUUGUCUAGUGCCAAUUAAUUCAACACUGGCAGGGUGCAUUGACCUUGACUUUAAGCUUAAUGAAUAACCCUUAUUCUCAGGAUUAUUGCGCAUUCAACCGAACCUGGAAAUGAAUGACGGCGACCAACGAACUCACUACAAGAUUUUUGGAGCAAAAAAUACUAAUAAAAUGCACAGAAUUUCGGUUUAUUUCAUAUGAAAGUCAUAUUGAAUCCCGCCACUCAUUUCAGUUCCGGAAUCCUCUAUAUGGGGCGACCAUUAUAAAGGUCUAAGCAUCUCAAUUGUGUUGUUUUGAAAUGCAGAUCAAAAUAUAUAUUCAAGAAUUUUAAUAAUUUAGUUCUUUUGUUCGUUAACCUUGGGUUUCUCCUGAAGGUCGCCUUUACUAUUCGGACGUGGAGUCUUAGGUAAGGAAGGUGGCGUUCAUGUCGUAUAUCGGUAGGGAGAGGGUUGAGAAGGGGUUAUUAUUUUUAGAGGGCUGCCGAAGAAGAAGAGAUCAUUAAUUUAUUUUUCUGACCGGUAAAAAAACAAAAUAAAAUAAGAUGAGGAAAAGCGUAAUAUAAAAAUGGUAGCAUAUUCUAGGUAUCAAGAGAGCUAAAGUUGAGAAAAUAUAUUCUGCGCCGGUCGUAGAAGUUAUUUCCUCUGAAAGUCAUCCAACAUCCAACAGGCUAAGUUACCCCUUGCCAAUCCAAGAUAACAUCUUACGAGUUCGUGUGUGAGCUUGAAUUGUCUGUCGAAUGCACAGUGAAAUCGUUUCAGAAGUGCAGUUUAUUAGUGCCGUUGAUUUCGCAAUUAAAACAGCGUGUUGCCUAUUCAAACUAUAUAUAGGUGCUAUUAUUUAUUUAUUUAUUUAUUAACAACCUUUCUGAUGAAAUCUUUGGUAAAGUUUUCCACAUGGGGUAUUUCACUCAUGCUGUUACACUGUUAUAAGAUUUCGAGACACUUUGAGAAGGGUACACACUAAGCCGGAUGAGAAAUGCAAAGAUAGUAAAAUAGAAGCAUUUUUUGUUGGUUUUGUUGGUACACCAACAUGGCUGCUAUGACGUCACGUGAAAACUCUAUAGGAAGUGCAUUGACGUAUGACGUCAUCUAGGAUUAAGGCGGGAGAAUUUUACGACUGUUCCAAGGUUAUCUACACGUGUCUAAUGGUUACAAAUCUGUAAUAAGAAAUACUUGACAGUUAAUAAAAGUUUGCCUUCUUUUG